AUGGCCAAUACAACAACAUAUACCGAUGAUGAUUAUAUUGAUAUAGAAAAGUUUAUACCGUCUAAUUUAGAUGAUCCUGGCAAUGGUAUCAGUGCAUACAAAAAGUGUGUUGAUAAACUUCUUGAUAAUAAAGAAAAAUCUGAUUCAUUAAAUCUUCAAGUCAAAAGUGAUGAUGAUGAUCCAGAUACAGUGAUACUUGUUAAUGAAAAUGUUAGAUCAGAUGAAGAAAUCGAGAAAGAAAUUUAA